UCUCAGUUUUAGACACACGCACUCCAGUCCACCGAAGAUGUUCCGAUACAUGCUUGUUGCCUCCGCCUUCUUGGCCUGCGCCUACGCCGCUGCCUCCUACAACCAGGAUGCUGGUGCCUACAUUACCAAGAGUGGUGUCGAUAUCCAACCCGACGGUCACUACAACUACGCCUACGAGACCAGCAACGGAAUCGCCGCCCAGGAGUCCGGACUCGGGGGAUACCAAACCAACGGAGGCUACUCGUAUUACUCGCCCGAGGGACAGCUCGUCCAGAUUUCGUACGUGGCCGAUGAGAACGGCUACCAGCCCCAGGGAGCCCUCCUGCCCACUCCUCCUCCGAUCCCAGCUGCCAUCCUGAAGAGCCUGGAGUACAUCCGCACCCACCCCCAAUACGUGGAAGCCCCUCAACAGCACAGGGCAGGCACGAGAAGAACAAUCUUCGGUUAAGCAGUUUUGCAAGAAUUAUGUGAAAACCUGUUGAAAGCUUUAUUACACUUUGUAAAAAUGUUAUUGUGGAGUUGAAAUAAAUAAAGAUGUGAAGAAAACUUAAA